AAAUGUAGUUUUUAUCUACAAAAGAAAAAGAAAAUGCAUUAAAUGAAGUAAGAAUUUUAGCUUCUUUAAAAAAUGAGAAUAUUAUAAGUUAUAAACAUGCAUUUUUUGAUUGUAAAUCUUAAAGCUUAUGUAUAAUUAUGGAAUAUGCAUAAAAGGGUGAUAUUUAUAAUUUAAUUAAUAAAAUGAAAAAAUCGAAGGAAUUUUUUUCAGAAAAAACUAUAUGGAAGUUCGCUGCCGAUAUGCUUAAAGGUUUAAAAUGUUUGCAUGAUAAAAAAAUACUACAUAGAGAUAUGAAAUGCGCUAAUAUCUUUAUUUCGGAAAAUUCAGCUCUUAAAUUAGGUGAUAUGAAUGUCUCUAAAGUUAAUAAAAGAGGAGAUUUUGCAUAUACAUAGACUGGAACUCCAUAUUAUACUUCACCUGAGGUUUGGUAAAAUAGGCCUUACGAUUAUAAGUCAGAUGUAUGGUCUUUUGGAUGUGUGUUAUAUGAAAUUAUUACAUUAAAUCCACCUUUUACAGCGAAAUCUAUGGAAGAAUUAUAUAAAAAAGUAACUAAAGGUGUAUUUAAAUCUAUAAACACGGAUCUAUAUAGCUCUGAUUUGUAAAAAUUUAUUUCUUAAUGCCUUAUUACUAAUCCUAAAUAAAGAGCCUCUGUGGAAUAACUAAUAUAAAAUAAAAAUAUUAAUUAUUAAUCUUUUAGAGACAUUAUUGAUGAAAUUUAUGAAAUUAAAAUUAACUUAGAAAAUGAUAAAAAUAUGUUAGAAGAUUUAUAUAUAUAAUAAAAAGAAUCACAAUAAUAUGAAGAAUAGUAUUAAGGAACUAUUUCUGGCCCUUUAUUAUCUUUGUAAAAUUAAGAAUUUUUAAAAAAAUUAGAAUAUUUAAAUGAUGAAUAAACUAAAUUAUUAAAAUAAAUAGAUGAUCUUAAUUUAAAUAAAAACAAUUAAGACUUCUAUUAUGCUGAAACUAAAGACUAGAUGCUUUAAUAAAUAAAUAAUUUAGAAGAAACAUAAAGAUAAUUAUAAUAAGAAUAAAAAAGACUUUUUAAAGAAUAUGACUUCAUGUGUAGAGAACUAAAAGGGUUAACUACAUAAAAUCAAAAAGUAGAAGAAUAAAUUAAAAUUAAAGAGGAAGAAUUAAAUAAACUUAAAGGAAAAAUGGAAGUACCAUUUCCUUAGUGUGGAAUGGGUAUUCCUAUCCAAAGGAUGUGA